AAAACUGUAGACUCGCAAUUUACACUAUCAUACAUAUAUGCACGAUAUAUAAAUAGAUGUGCACAUAUUUACAGAACAGUUUGUAUUUCUAGUCAUACCUUAACAAAAUCGAUAUCGUUUAUAUGUAUACAUAUAAAUUUAAAACCCGUAGAAAUGGAUUAUUGUGGUAGUGGGCUGUGCAUUUACCCCACCAACUUAUCGUGAAUUUUAUGCAGUAAUUUACAGUCUUCGGUGUUUUAGGUUAAGUGAGACGAAAAAAUGUAAUUUCAAAUGAUAAAAACUGGCUGUCAUGGGUAAUCCAAAGAAGUCGUAACAAAAAUAAUGUCACAGACAGCCGAUGCUGAAAGCGAAGCGGGCUCCAUCUGCGAUGAGGAACGAGUGAAAAAGCUCUUCCAAGCUUGCGACGGGGACGGCGAUGGAUUUAUCGAUAGUCAAGAUUUAUUGACAGUAUGCCGAGAGUUAAAUCUUGAGGGUUCUGUCGAAGAAUUAAUGCAAGAACUUGGUGCUGAUGAUAGCGGUCGAAUAUCUUAUCAAGAAUUUUUAAGACGAAGAUUAGCUUUGAGACCGGAAAUCGAAGCACUUAAAUCUGGAAAAAAUAGAUCGAGCUCAACACAUUUGACUCAUACACCAGAAUAUUUGCCAACUAGCAGCGACAACAGUCUUGGUACAAUUUCCGGACGACAUGAAAGCUGGGAGUUCGAUAGUGGUGCUCGUGAUCUUUCUCCUGAACCACAAUCGCUUCAAAAACUUGUGGAAGCGGCUGCUGGAGGUACCGGAAACAUGUUAGAUCUCGCCAAUAAGCUUCAUGCAGCUGCUCUAUCAUCACUAAGAUCAGAGGUAGCGGAACUGAACACACGAUUACUAGCAGCGACACGUGCUAAAGAGGCCGCAGACACAGCAUUGAUUAGAGCUGAAGCUCAAGCUUUGAGAGCUGAACAACGUGCUGAGCAGCAAUCAAUUCGACAUGAAGAAAGACUCACUGAACUUCAUUCAGUCAUUGCCGAACUUAGUAGACAACUUGAAAGACAGCGAGCUAAUGUUAUUACAGAAGAGGAUGAAUCUGAAAUCGAAACUAGUCGAGAUGCUGAAGGCUCAAUAACGAAUCCAGUGGAAGAAAGUGAAGCUGGAGAAGAAAUUCAAGGUGAUGGUGACAAUGAUGGCGACCGGACCCUAGGCGAUGCUGAAUCGAGUUACGCUGAAGAAAUUGAUGAUCCUCCACGGCUUAAUGAAAAUCAGCGUGAUGAUGGAGGAUAUAUCAGUCCUGCCGCGUUGCCGACACCUGAACCAAACCAACAAGAAAUUACGUGUCAAAGUAUAGCUGUAGCUUCAUUACAAGAUGAAGUUAUUGCUCUGAAAGCUGAAAUAGCCCAUUUACAAAGUCAACUAAUGCAAUUUAAAAAUAGCGGGCAAAAUAACAGUAGUGAUUCACCUAGAAGAGAUCAAAAGAAAGGUAACUUGAGUUCUCCAGAGCCAUUAACAGCACCAUGUUCGCCAUUAUUACCUCCUUUACAACCACCAAAUUCAAAAAACCAUCAAAGAGACGAGGCGCCAAUUUUGAAAAUGGCUGAAAGAGUGAAAUUACGUCGAACGGACGAGAGACAUAUAACCGGUCCUGAUAUUACAAAUUUGGGUGUAUGUUCAACUAUGAUUGCCGAGCACUUGGUAUCAGAUUUAUUAGAACAGUCAAACAUACAGGAGUUAAACGGAUCAGAAGAACAAUUUGAAGUAGAAACCGAGAGACUUAAUAGUCGGCUUGAACAUGCGCGAGCUAAUAAUGCAGUUCUCGCAUUAACUUUGCAUGAAAGUAAAGCUCAAUGUGAUAGAUUAAGUUUAUUAGUUGGAAAAUACGAGUCCAAUGCUACUGCCCUUAACUUAGCGCUGUCAUUCAGUGAUCAAGCAAUUGAAGCUUAUGAUGUUUUAGUAGCAUUACUGGAAACGGAAAUAGCACUUUCAACUGAUAGAAAUAGUGUUACAAUAGAUAAUAGGAAAACUGCGGAAAAUGUUGCUUAUCACUUACUGAAACGACUGGAAAGUGAUUAUACUACCGUAGGUGCACCAUGGGAAGACAGCAUCAUAUUAUCUGAUGAUUCUGAAGUCUUCUGGUCGGUAGAUGAAGAACAAAGGCUUCGUAAACACAUAAGUAAAUUAAAAAACCAUCGGGCAAUGGUCCGAUCAACAGCAGUUGAGUUAGAAACAGUUCACGUCGAGCCUUUAAAUUCUAAAAACACAAUUUCAUUAGCCGAAGCACGUAAACUUGAUUUAGAGACAGCAGUCUUAAUGCAAGAAUUAAUGGCAAUGAGAGAAGACAAAGCUGAGUUACGCGCACGCGUUUUUUUAUUGGAAAAAGAACGUUCGACUAUUGAAUUAAAAUUGAAUUCACGCGAUGCACAAAUAGCCGCUCAAAAUACAGCUAUUCAACAUCUGCAAGAUCAAUUAACUGAUACUGAAGCCAUGCUGACAAUGGUUUCUGAUAAAGACCGUAGAUAUACUAGCGAGAGUGAAGGAAUGGAGUCCGAGCUUAUUGAGGCACUUGGACGUGAAGCGAGACUCAAAGAAAGACUUCAAGAAUUAGUUAAUACCCUAGAAAAUGUCACUAGAAAUUCCGAGUUACGGCACCAGCAGUCUGCAGAUCUUAUUAAUGAUUUAAAAAUAGCUAAUGGAGCACUGGUACAGACACUAGAAAAAUCUAAGAAAAAAUAUCAGUCACGUUUGAAAAAAUUAGAGCAACAAAUGUUGAUCAUGGUGGAAAGAAAUGCUGCUCAGGUAAAAAUAUUAAAACAAAGAAUAGCAAUUUUAGAAGAAGAAGCUGCGAGUUUUAAAGGAAGUCUUCCCCUCCAAUCUCAAAGUUCUGGUGCAAGUGAAACAUCUUUAUGACACUCAUCUGACAGAAAUUCAUCUGACUAUAAUUAAUAAAGCCAAAAUGGAAUAAAUAUAAUUACCACCAGUCGAAUUCCAUUAAGUCUGAACUUAAACUCGAUCUCGACCUCCACGACGUCACGCUGUUUCCCACCGAUGCUACUCAACAAAUUAUCAGAUUUUAUAUUUCUAUUAAUUUAUUAAUUGAUUAUCAUUACAGAUUUUUUCAGCUUCAGGAAAAAUUCAUAAGAUUUUCAUCAUUCGAGUGCCAUAAAUAUUUAAAACGUAAUUAGAAAUCUAAAAUCUGAAAAUUUCGUUAGUACUUACAAAGAAGGGGCAUUCAAUAAGUCGGAAUUUAUGCUCCUUCAUCGACUACCAGUCAGACAAUAGAAUUCGACUGUAAGGCAUUAUGAUAAGUCGCUCUAAAACUUCUCUUUGCACAGACUCUAUGCUAAUCUCCGUACUGACAAUAUGUCUAUCGAAAAAUAAAAUUAUCCUCGAAUUGAUUACUUCAAAACUCUUCUUCGGACAAGACUAUCUGAAAUAAUACAAUUUUUUGACUGCAAUAUAUGAGUAUAACAUAAACUACAAGUUGACAAAAUUUACAGCCAUUAUAGAAAUACAAGUUGAAUCAAAAAGAUGUCAAGUUACGGAAAAAAAAACUUGAGCAAAAUUUUACUUCCAAAUUAACUACAAAUUACUGUCAACUAUUUGCACCAUCAACUUUUUGCAGUCAACUUGACAUCUUAUUUCUAUUGUAGAUUUCCGUCAACUAGAAAAUGAUCAGUAGCUAAGAAAACAUAGAAAUUCACGUUUGUUUUCAUUUACCAAUUAUUUUUUAGCUGACAAUUUUUACGAUAGACAUAUUUUAGGUAAAUAAUCUCUAGAGUUGUCUCUGUAUAAAGAGAUUCUAGAGUGACUUGCCAUAGUGCCGAUUGAAACGAUUACCUCGUAAUAUGAUUUAGAUAGCUAAGGUAUGUAAAAUCGCGAGAUAAAAAAAUCAUUGUCGCCUAUUCGAAAUUGGAAUCGAUGUAUUUUUUUACUUAUAAAUUCUUAGAUUAUCAAAUAUAUAUAUAUAACAGAGGCUGUUCAUAAAAUACGUUCGCACUUAUAGAGAAGGGGUGUCGCUCACCGUGACCCGGGGGUCUAAGAAAACGUCACUUCCGUAGAACGUCGAAUAAUUUUUCAAAUUUUUCGCUGUUUUUUAAAAUUAAAAGUACUACAAAUAAUAAAAAUUUUAAAAAUAGUGAACGUAUUUUAUGAACAGUCUCAAAUCGCUUGUCGCCAAAAAAU